AUGGGUAUCAGCCGUGACUCUCGCCACAAGCGUUCGCACACCGGUGCCAUGCGCGCUCAGUACCGCAAGAAGCGGAAGUUCGAGCUGGGUCGCCAGCCUGCCAUGACCAAGAUUGGUGCCAAGCGCAUCCACGAGGUUCGCACCCGUGGCGGUAACAAGAAGUACCGUGCCCUUCGUCUGGAGGCCGGCAACUUCUCUUGGGGCACUGAGGGCGUCUCUCGCAAGGCCCGUGUCAUCAGCGUCGUCUACCACCCCUCCAACAACGAGCUUGUCCGUACCAACACCUUGACCAAGUCCGCUAUUGUUCAGAUUGAUGCUCACCCUUUCCGUCAGUACUUUGAGGCUCACUACGGUGUUUCUGCCUCCAAGCGUGGAAAGCAGUCCACCGAGGAGAUCAAGCAGACCACCAAGACCCGCUCUCGUGCCGCCGGCGCCAAGCUCUCCCAGGGCCUCGAGCCCCAGUUCGGUGCUGGUCGUCUCUACGCUUGCGUUUCUUCCCGCCCCGGUCAGUCCGGCCGUGUUGAUGGCUACGUCCUUGAGGGUGAGGAGCUCCAGUUCUACCUCAAGAAGCUCACUGCCCACAAGCACAAAUAA